AUGGCUGAUACAUUUCUAGAUCUACUAUCCAUCGAAAAGUAUUUAUGCGACCUUGCAGUCGAAAAGGUUGGUCCUAUCAUCAAAGCUAAGUCAGGAACCCAGCAUACGUAUGACGCCAAAAGUGGCUCUAGAGCGGUAGACAUUGUGACUGCCAUUGAUAAACAGGUGGAGAAUCUGAUAUGGAGCAAUGUUAAGCAGCAGUAUCCCGAUUUCCUUUUUGUCGGGGAGGAGAGUUUUGUUGCGGGCCAAACCCAAAUUACAGAUGAACCGACUUUUAUCAUUGAUCCCAUCGACGGCACCACCAAUUUCGUUCACGAUUUCCCCUUCAGUUGCACAUCCCUGGGGCUCACAGUUGGCAAGGAACCUGUUGUAGGUGUGAUUUACAAUCCGCAUUUGAACCUUUUGAUUUCUGCAUCGAAGUCCAAUGGCGUGCGUGUCAAUGGUGAAGAGUUCGAUGUUCGAGCGAAGAAACUUGAGAUGGGUUCCUUGAAACUAAGUUCGUCCGUGGUAGCUUUGCAACCUGGUUCUGCUCGUGAGGGCCCCAAUUUUACUACUAAGAUGAAAACUUAUCAAAAUUUACUAUCCUGCGAUGGCGGUUUUGUCCAUGGCUUUAGAAACUUGGGCUCUAGCGCAAUGACUUUGGCUUACAUUUGCCUAGGAUACUUAGAUAGCUACUGGGAUGGUGGUUGCUACUCUUGGGAUGUUUGUGCUGGCUGGUGUAUUCUGAAAGAGACCGGGGGUAGAAUUCUCGGGGCUAAUCCCGGAGAAUGGGAAGUGCCGGUACACAACAGAACGUAUCUUGCGGUUCGAGGAUGUGAAGAUCCUCAAGAACAAGAAGAGUACAUAAAGCGAUUCUGGGAUUGUGUAGACGGCAAGCUGCAAUACAAUUGA